CUCUAACCAACUGAGCUAAUAGGCCAAUUUGUUAAACAGUGGAUGUAAAUGGUACUUAUAAGACGCUUGUAUCAGUAGUUCAGGAUAUCAUUUAUCAAGCUAAGAAGAACCAGAGAAGAAGAGUUGAUUGAGAAAGGGAAAAAGGCGAUGCAGAGCUUAACAUCAAACGAAGUUGCAGGUUUUGCAGUUGGGGCUCUGCUUCUCGGUGCCGCCAUCGCUGCUCCAAAAGUUGACGCUUUCAUUGCCGCUGCUCAGAGAAGAUCUCUUGGGAUGUGCAGGAAAUGUGGAGACCUAAAGAGUGUAGCGUGCGGCCGUUGCAAAGGGACAGGAUCGAUCAAGUCAGGAGUUAUCUUUGGAUUGGGUGACUCAUCAAACGCAAGAUCAGCUGCGUGUGAUAAUUGCCAAGCCAAAGGUUGUUUCCCUUGCCCCGAGUGCUCAAAGUCUUGACCCCUUUUUGGUAUUUGAUAGAUUUGCCUCAAGACUAAAAACUACAUGUUCCAAUCUUCUUGAACUUAUGAUAUAUAUAUAUAUAAGGAUGUCUAGUCUAAUCCGUCUGUGAAGUCUCUUAUUAUUCCAUUUCUUGAUCUGUUGGCUAGUUUUACCAGAUGUGUUGCUAGAUUAUUGAUUUCGAUUGUGCUAACCGGGACUUCUUGUCUUUAAACCGGAGAAAUUCACUUUAGUAGUCAAAAGCUCUCCUUGUAACUUGUAAGCAACAUUAGGUGGAUUUUUGGUGAUUGAUAUACUAUAAUAUAUAUAAUUGGCCACAUA